AUGGAUUUCUGUCAACAGUACCCCGGUGCUAUUCCAUAUCCUGGAAAGAAACCUUUUGGCCCUUCUUUCAAUCAUAGUACCAUGAAAUGGGUUUUCUUCACCGGGGCUCGUUUGCAAGUUGAAGGAAUGCAAGAGCCUAAUUGGCUGUUUAUGGAUAUACCUCCUUGGUGUGAGCCUGCGAUGAGCAGGCAUCUGCCUGAGUUUCCAAAGGAACCUCAAUGGGAUGUGAUCAUUAAGGAUACCGACAUACCUGACGGGGAUCCUUUCAUUUCGGAGAUGUCUGAUGGCGUCCAGGAACAACAGUAUAUUAUGCCUGCCGAUAACCACCCGUCUAUUCCUCCUAACCGCCGAUUUUCACGUAUGACCCAUCCAGGAUUCCGUGUACGUCGAGACACCCCCUUGUAUCAGAUGCUCCGACAGUUGGUUCCCACCGUGACCAAUAGCCCUCCGCAGCCGUCCCCAGAUGGCUCAGCUCAAGCCCAGGCGAGACCAAGUGGUUCUGAUAUUAAAGAUGAUAUUCUUAUCGUCGGAGGAAUAAAGGUCACAGACGACAACGCUCAAGAUCUCCUUCCUCUUGGAGCUCGCCUUUUUGUUGGAAAGUAA